AUGGGGAACUUGCUGAACAGCUUAAUCUUCCGGCCACACCCGCCGAGUUACUCGAAAAACCGAGAGGACCUGCACUUUUUCGAAACGAAGCAUGGCAGUACGAUAUGUGGGGUGUUUAUUGACAACAAGGCGGACACAACCGUUUUAUUUAGUCACGCGAAUGCAGAAGAUAUAGGAGACGUAAUCCGCUUUUAUCAGUAUCGAUUGAAACAGUUAGGACUGAAUCUGUUUGCAUAUGACUAUAGCGGGUAUGGCCACAGUUCAGGUUACCCAACGGAAACACAUCUGUACAAUGAUGUAGAGGCAGCAUAUAAUUAUCUAGUAACGGAGCUACGCAUUCCAAAGAACAGCAUAAUAGCAUAUGGGAGAAGUCUAGGUUCAGCUGCAACUGUUCAUAUAGCAACAAAGAACAAUUUGCUCGGUGUAAUUCUGUCAGCUCCCUUGGCAUCGAUACAUCGGGUUAAGUUAAAGUUAAAAUUUACCUUGCCUUAUGAUUCCUUUUGCAACAUUGAUAAAGUACACAUGAUUAAGUGCCCCAUUUUGUUUAUCCAUGGUACGAAGGACAAUCUUCUUUCUUACCACGGCACAGAAGAGAUGAUUCGAAGGACAAAUGUGAAUACGUAUUAUAUGUUCAUAGAAGGAGGAGGCCAUAACAAUUUGGAUAGCUCCUUUGGCAGCAUGGUGAAUGCAGCAUUGGUAACUUUUCUUUAUGUACUGAAAAAUAAUAUCAGAGAAAAUGUAAACAGUGUAUAUGACAUAUCACAUGUGAACAUGCAGAAGGUGAGAAACAUGUUCAUUAUGAAUAAUGCAAAGAAGAUGAGGGAAAAACUGAGGGAGAGAAGCAAGAGGGACGGAGAUACUGCAAAGUUGAAUGUUUCCGGUGAAAGUAUAAAUGGAGGACAAUGUGAUAGGAAUAAAGGUACAGGCAGUAAGGAAGUACUAAAUUCCUUCAUGAGUAAUAUGGAAAGAUUUUAUAGUGAUCAGAGUGUGUUUAGGGUUAAGACGAAGGAGUCAGGUUAUGAUUCUUCUCAAAGUGUUAGCACUGUUCUAGGAUCCGUGGAGUCGUCCAUGAGGCACAUACCUGAUAAUACAUUUUACGAGAGUGACACCAAUGUUAGCAUUGAGGACCUUUGGAGGUACACAUGUGGUAAGAAUAACAUAGAUACGAGUAAAUUCCAUCACAGCAAGGAGAGCAGUGGCGUGUCUGGCUCUUUGACCAAGCAAAGAGGGAAGGAGAUAACCAACCGUGCUGUUGUUAGCGAUCGGAAUCGAAGCCGCGGUCUGAGUGGAGGUCGCGAAAUGAGUAGAGAACAUUACUCAGAUAGAAGACGAGUCGAGAGUAGAGAAGGAAAGGACAGGACCCGCAUGAAGGGAUGCUCAAGUUAUGUAUACAACCCCGCGAGGAGAGAAAAUAUGUCGUCCUCCCAUAUGGACCAGAGCCCAAGUCAUAGCAACUGCAGCAAUAUCCACAUGGGUAGCGAAAAGGAGUUGACCCUACGAGGGAAUGGUAGCUGCAUGGACGGCAUCUCAUUGGAAAAAAUGAACUCUAGAAUGUCGAGAGAGAGUAGAAAUGUGUACACGGUGGAUAGGGUUCCGAGGCUUUCCCAGGACAUGAGGAAAGCUGUCCCUCCCGUGGAUGAAAGGGGAAGCGGGAGCCUUCACGGUGAUCAGGCAAGCUAUGCACACAGCGAUGGGGAGUGUCAUAACAAAAGGGAACAGACACUUAUGGCCCAUAGAAAUGGCAGGCAAUAUUCGGGGGAGUUAAGAAAAGGUGAAGGGAAAGGCAAAGGGGAAAUGUCGUCCUCCAGAAUGGGCCAGGUGGAAACCGGAUCCCACUCGUCACGUGAGCGUGUGAUCCACGGCAUGAAUACCAACAAUGAGAAGGAGCGUGAAGAGAAGAGUGCAGGAAAUGUCAGCGCAAGUAAGGUGAGCCUCGCGAGCGUGGCGUCCCAGGAGAGCAAAGUCAGCAGUGCGAGUAGCCAACUUUCCAAAGGGAGCAAGGUCAGCAGUUCGAGAGAAACCUCCAAAGGGCAUAGGGCCAAACUAAUGAGUGAGAGUAGAAGAAACCUGGUGAGCAAUGCUGCAGAGCAGGAGAGGAACGUCGCCAAAAUCGGAAGUAGCACCAGCGAACAGGUGUGCGCGAACCUCUACUACAUAAAGAGAGGGAACAACAUACGCAGCGAAAUGAGGAACAAAAUAACCGGCAUGAAUAGCAUCAGGUUUAACAGCUACAAUGACUUUAUCUACGGAAAUGAGGGAAACAAAAUGGGUGAAUUCUCCAACCAUAUUAUGGAGCCUGUAAAGAGGAAGAUGUCUUCAGCUAGCAGCAGCACUUUGAAUAACUUGAGUUCGUUAUUUGCUAUUGAUUCAUUUCGAAUGAACAGUAUGGGUAAAAGAGAGCGGGUGUGA